GUAUCAUCUCACGAUAGCCAAGCAUCAAGCAAUCCGUCCCGCGAUGCCUCCAAAAGGGUGUCAGCGUUCAUCUUCUACCGACCGUGCACAUGGCUACCAAGCGUCGAUGGGAAGGGAAGACGGUGUCUUUUCAGCAACACACCAGCAGCCACGCGAUCACGCCUGUUCUCUCCCUCAUCACACUCGCUCGACCCAUAUGACGACCGCCGGCACCGACGAGCUAGCACCAUAUGUGUCGCUCUCGGGAUGACGGGAGCAGCGCACUUCCUCAAGCGAGCGUCGCAGGAUGGACGCAUAAAAGGCCGUGGAUGCUCGUCGGCACUCCCCAGCAGCAUCGGCUUCACCACCCUUGCUCCUGGUCGACGGUCUCCCCCCACCGUUGUCUAGCACCUCCGCCAUGUUCAGCCUCCGCUACCUUGGCUUCGCCCUCCUCGCCCUCCGCGCAUCCGCCGGGCCCAUCGCGAAACGCGCCUCGGCGUAUUUCAACCCGGCCGACAACGGUGGCUCCAUGCUCACUAACGCUGGCACCCUCGGGGAACCUCUGAACGUCAUCAUCUCGGGCCACAGUUCCCCAGACGUUCUCUCAUACGACGGCAUUGUCAACUACGCCCGUGCGAUCGGCUUUUCAACGGAGUGUCUCGGCAUCCACCUCGGCGGCCCGCAGAGCGCAGACCUCGGCGACGGCAACGGCUGGGUGAACCAAACGGCAGAGCUACGCGAGGACUACGGCCACCCGGACGUCGGGACGUGCAUGGAGAGCGCGAUCGGCGGGAACCACUUCAGGGUCUUCAAACAGGACGGGGGCGAUGCGAACAGCGGGGCGCUCUUCUUAGCCGCGUCGCAGGAGGAGCCCUCGACGGAACACCACACUAUCAGCCCGGACGGAUACGACGUCGGACGCGACACGCUCGUAUCAGGGGCACUCGGCACGACCAGCUACGGCGGCGUCACAUACAGCACCACGGCCGAGAAUGUCGCGGGCUUGCUGCAAGCAGGCACGAACGGCAUCAACCACGACAUCGCUAUAGACGGCAUCGUCAGUGUCCUGACAGUCACGAUCCAAUGAGCGCCCAUGGGCGCACACAUACAGCAGGACG